AUGCCACAUUUCAAAAGAAUUCUAAGUGAAAGCCCAAGUGAAGACAGGCCGAUCAAACUGAUUGGCCUUGGUGUCGUGCUUUCACUUAAAGGGCACCGAGCUCUGGAUAGGUACACCACCGUCCACAAGGCUUUUGUGUUCAUUGGCAAUGAUACCGAUUGGUGUUACGACGGCUCCAACCACCAUCUAAGUGGUGUCGAGCACUUUUGUUUCCUCGGAGAUGUGGAGCAUAUGCCGAGCAUGUUUGUUUCCUCAAGGGUAUGGAGUAUAUGUCGCAUUUCGAGACUUCUAAGGACGGAGAGACCCGAGGAGAGACAGGCCAAUCAAAUGAUCAGUUUUGGUUGGCAUUUGAGGAAUUGA